AUGGAGAGAAACAACCCUGAUGAGAUUCCUGAAGUAAGACCCUCCGACGUGGUUAAGGAAGGCUACCUUUUCAAGCAAUCUAGAUUUAUCAAGGAAUGGAGAAAGAGAUGGUUUGUGCUGACAAAGAAUCACAUACUGAGCUUCAAGGACGAGAAAGUAUAUAAAAACCCAACAGAGGUGAUUCUGAUAGCCUCGUGCAGCACAGUCAAGUCAGUCGAAGAGGAGAUAAAUAAACCAAAUGCUUUUAAACUAGAGGUAAAUGGCAGAACUUAUUACAUGCAGGCUGAAAACUAUGCUGAAAAAGAAGGAUGGAUUGGCGCUCUAGGCAAGGCGAUGAUUAAGAAAUCAGUGUUAAUUGACGACGGGGAUGAGGAUGCAUAUAUGUGA